AUGGGAUCGCUAACCGCGCUGACAGCGGAGCUGCCGGUGACAUACGAUGGACCGUUUCAGACGCAUCUGGAAGCUAUUCGACUGCACAAGCGCAAGAAGACCUCGCACUACAGGCAGGUGAUGGAACGGGUCAUGUACCAGACCAAGAUCACGCCUGAGUGGCCGGUGACAGUGAAGAUUUUCGAAGAUCGGAUGGAAUUUUUCCCUCUGUAUGGCAGAAAGGUGCCGUUGAAGGUCUUGUACUUCUCCGACGUGAUGCACAUUCUCCCCUCGAAGGACUCGCAUCGCGUCCUGGUUCUGGCUAUCCCAGGAGACGAGGUGCACAAGAUUUGGAUUGUUGGGAUGCGGUUCCACACGGAGGAUCCAAUGCACGUGCUGGCGGAGCGUUCACAGAGGCGGCGUCUGCUCCUGACAACGUACGGUCCCUCGGACGCGCGGCAGUCUCCGAGACCGGAAGAAGUUGGUGAUCGUGGGACGAGACUCCAGUCCGCACCACCGGUCGCAGGGUCUUCGUCGACGUCCAUCGCGACCCCAAGCCUACCCACCGAGUCCCCUCAAGGAAUAUCGGAGCAUUAUGUUGACAUCGAGCACGCGCCGCCUCCAACACAACCACCGCCUCGUGGUCGAAAGAAACAAAACGUCAGCAAGCCAAGACGUCCGCGUCAUUCCGAAGACAUGGCGAAAAAAACCAUCAUUCCUAGCCCGGAGGGACCUCGUAGAGUUGCGACGACACCCGUGUUCGCACGCAGUCCUAGUCCGCAACUAAGGAGGCCUCGAAAUAGUGAGACCGUCAUUAUCUAUCCACACACCGACGAACCUCAACGAUAUGCGCGUUCACCUAUUGAUAUGUUGCCAUGUAAUGCCAUGACUACCUACGUGCACCAUCCUGGUGGACAGCCAAGACAGUCCAGGAGCAGACAGACCAAUCGCGAGACCGUAACCAUCUAUCCAACAGCUGAUGAACCCCUGUCGUUCGCGUCUCCACCGGAUGAAGAGUUGCCAGCAAAUGAUAUGACAAGCUUUACACACCAUCGCGGUGAACAACCAAGAGAGAGUCGAGGCAGCGAGAGAGGUUUUAGCUAUUACAGCACAGAAAUUCCUGCAAAAUCUCCCGCAAGGAUGAAGGGGUCUUUGUCGAGAAGACUUCGAGUGACGCCACUGGAAGAUGUGCUGCUGGGUGAUGACCCUCAGGAAGUGAAUGGAAGAAGCAGGAGCAGAAGGGGUUCGACGGAGCACGACAUAGACUUCGUGAUUUUGUGCGAGAGUGAUACGGACGAUGGCAGCACUGGGUCGGAACGGGACCUGGAAGGUGUGGAGAGAACCUGGAAGGUGGAGGACGACGACGACGAAUUGGCUCGGCAGUCGCCGGACCUGUGCCACGUGACCCUUCACAGCAGCUUCAGGAGUCUGCUGAAAGAGAGCGAGUUCAGGGACACGCGGGAGCGUGCUAGAAGCCAGCACAGUCGAAAAUCCGCGCGCAAAGUCGCAGUGUCGCCGCCGUGGUUUGGACGAAGUCUCACACGCAUCGAUGGGCUCCUCGACGUCACGAUCCACCAGUCACCGUCACGCGCCCAAAGCCAUCCAUGUUAUGACAGUCCGUCGCCAACUUCCACGAACACAGCCUCGAAGCGUGGACCUAUCCAUGGCUUCCUCUUGUCAAAGGAGGAGCUAGAUGACGAUCUUGAGACGACUGUUUCGCCACAAAUCAAGGCAGAUGACUUACGUCGAUCGCGAAGACAUCGAAGCUCAACACGAAGUCUGAAGCAGGACCCAACUGACAAGGAAGAGUUUAUCGCGAGACCAAAUCGAGUUGUUGCUGCUGCUGCUGUUGUUGCUGCUGCUGCUGUUGCCAAUGCCAAACGCCCUGCAAAAACGACCACCCUGAUCGCUGUAAAAGACAAUAAAGCCCGAAAGCUUGGCGUGGAUUGA